CCGGUACACGCAUCUAAUAAUAAUCAUCUGAACUAUCCGUAGAACAAUUUCCAGUCAUUAAAUCCACCACCAGGUUCCCAUCGAAUUCAUCUUUUUCACAUUCAAAACAAACGCAAUGAUUAAUUGUCGGCAAUUUUCCCCGCCAUUCACAAUUAGGCGCAUUUUUUCCGAUUCCAUGAGAACCCGAACGCGCAAAAAUCGUCAUUAUGUACGCGCCGCAAUUAGUCCGGUCCCCUCCGCUGUUGCAACGAGAACUCGCCUUUCAUUGAGAUUCCGACAUUCCCGAUUGAAGAUGGAAUGCGAGGAGAAUCAAGGUACAAACUCAAAAACCGCUCAAAUUCCCCUUUUAAAAAGCCGCAAUUUCUUCGGUUUCGAAGCGAUAUUCCUGAGCGGCUGCAGGAGCGAUCUGACCACGGACAACGUCGUAUCGCAUUGUCAUGCGACACCUACAGUCGUUCGUCGAAACUACGGCUUGGCCUCGCUAAAUCUAGAUGCCUCUAGACCGGAGUGCAGUAAGAAUAGCGCCGGUUUUUCCUGCUGCUCGCUUUCGAGGGGCCGGAUUCAGUUUCGUUCGAUAUCGAUUUUACUGCGAGCCGAGUGAAAAACUUUACGUGCCGGCCGGAUUCGUGGAAAAAUCGUUGCGCUGGCACGACAAAGGAUUUCGGGAGAAUGCUAUACAGAUUGUAUUUGAUAAAAAUUGCAUCAGGAAUUAAAUGGAUGCAUU